AUGAUUACCGAAUGUGAUAAGAGUUAUUGCUUCAAAGUUGAAAACAAGUUCAUAGUUAAAAGUGGAUGCAAAAAACGUAUGUGGCGAUCCCUUAAGCAAAUAUUAACCGCCGAACGAGCUUUGCCAUGGCAAAAUGAUGCCGUGUUGUAUUUCUCAAUAAACGCACCACCAACAUUUAAACCAACAAAAAAAUAUUCAGAUAUAUCAGGCCUUCCAGCCCCUUAUGUGGACCGUCAUUCAAAAUUGUAUUAUAGCAAUGUAGAAGAAUUUGCAACUAUCAGAAGUUUACCAAUGGAUAUAACAGCAGGAUACCUUCAGCUCAGAGGAGCAAACAUGAUUGUUGGAUGA